UUUGUAGUGAUUCUAGACUGACUAUAGACCUCGAAAAUGUUUGAAUGUUGAAGACUGAUAUGGAAUUUAUAUUAUUCAUCAUAACUGUUUCCGAGUUGAUAAAUGUUAUGAAAGUACGUCGAUACAGAUCAAAGGCUUCCACAAGUUUUGAAUGCAAAGGGACUGAAAUGGAUUUCUGUUUAUUCAUUCUAACUAUUUCUGCGUUAAUAAAUAUUGUUAAAGGAGCAGGGUGUUUAUAUAGUUACUACGAAUGUACUGGAUAUAAUUGGUGUUGUCCCAAUGGAUAUUAUUGUACAGGAACAUCUAUAUGUAAUGCCAAUCCUUAUUCAUCAUCUUAUUCUUCUUCCUUCAGUUACUCGCGAAUUGGGUAUAUUGUUGGAGGCUGCAUAGCAGGCGUUGUGAUACUAAUUUGUAUAAUAGUUGCCGUGUGUAAAUCUAGUUCUAAAUCUGGAAGAGUGAUUGCACCUCCAGCUAUUCAAAGAACAAUUUUAGAAGCAGAAAAUAUUGCAAGCCAGCCUCCUUCUUAUAACGAUAUGUAGACAAUACACAUUUGAUUGAUAAGCUUGUGUGACACACACUUGAUUGAUAAGCUUGUGUGACAUAGAACAAUUAAAAUAAGAUUAUUUUUUUACUA